AUGGCCACCAGCACGAGAAGUGCUCAAAACGUCUUGAGAGCUCUACGUGCCUCAUCGACUCGGCCAUAUGCCUCCUUCGCCUCCCGAACCUACGCUUCUGCUGCUGAACCCGAUCUCAAGGCCACCCUGCAAUCCGUCAUUCCAGAGAAACGCGAACUACUCCAGCAGACCAAGAGCCAUGCUGACAAGAAGAUUGGAGACAUCACUAUUGGCCAAGUCAUUGGCGGGAUGAGAACCAUGAAAUCUAUGGUCUGGGAAGGCAGCGUCUUGGACGCCAAUGAAGGAAUUCGUUUCCAUGGCCGAACAAUCGCCGAUUGUCAAAAGGUGCUUCCGAAAGGCACUUCUGGCACUGAGAUGUUGCCUGAAGCUAUGUUCUGGCUCCUUCUGACCGGCAAAGUCCCCUCGACUUCCCAGGUUAGAGCCCUUUCGCGCGAGCUCGCCGAGAAAUCGGAUCUUCCUGCCCAUGUCGUCUCUAUGCUCCGAUCAUUCGACAAGAGUGUCCAUCCUAUGACACAGUUGUCCUGUGCCGUGGCCGCCCUGAACACCGAAUCCGUCUUCGCAAAGAAGUACGCCGAGGGCUUGAACAAGACUGAAUAUUGGGAACCCACCUUCGAUGACAGCAUCAGCCUCCUGGCCAAGUUGCCUCGUGUGGCUGCUACCAUCUUCGACAAAUCUGCUCUGGACAUGCCUUUGGACCGGGAUCAAGAUUGGGCUUACAACUUUGCUAAAUUGCUUGGAAAGCCAGGCAAGGAAAAUGAAGGUUUCCAGGACUUGCUCCGCCUAUACCUCGCUCUCCACGGAGACCACGAGGGUGGAAACGUCUCUGCCCAUGCAACUCACUUGGUGGGCUCUGCUCUCUCGGAUCCAUUUUUGUCGUACUCGGCCGGCCUUUUGGGUCUAGCUGGACCUCUACACGGUCUCGCUGCGCAAGAAGUGCUCCGCUGGAUCUUGAAGAUGAAGUCUCACAUUGGAGACGACUUCUCAGAUCAAGACGUCAAAGACUAUCUCUGGUCCACUCUCCGUUCUGGACAAGUCGUGCCUGGCUAUGGUCAUGGUGUGCUCCGCAAGCCUGAUCCUCGUUUCAAGGCCUUGAUCGACUUUGGCGAUGCUCGUGAAGACAUCGCCAAAAAUCCAGUCUACCGUCUAGUCAAGAAGAACAGCGAGAUUGCACCUGGUGUCUUGACUGAACAUGGCAAGACCAAGAACCCUCACCCCAAUGUGGACAGCGCUUCUGGUGUUCUCUUCCAUCAUUACGGCUUCCAAGAUCCAUUGUACUACACAGUCACUUUUGGCGUCAGCAGAGGCUUGGGUCCAUUGGCUCAAUUAAUCUGGGACCGUGCUCUUGGCAUGCCAAUCGAGCGACCAAAGAGUAUCAAUCUCGAGGGCCUUAUCAAGUUGGUGUAA